AUGGGGGGGACUGCUUCCACUGCGGGAGGGGGGGAGCCACGUGCAUCUGGGCCGGUCCGGCCUGAAGAGGAAUGGGUUUUGGAGAAUGUUUUAUUCUUCGACCCUUCAAAAGAAACAUCACAGAGAGAAGGAGCUUUGGCGGCGUACAAGGGGCCCACAGUCAGGAGGUUUACUCCCAGCCGAGCGAAGCUGCGAAAUCGAAAUUUCCGGGUUUUCUUCAACAUUCAAGGCAGACGUCAAGAGUUUCUCCUUAAGCUACUCAACGACCCUGUGUGUAGAAUUCUCGUCUGCGAUCGGUCGGGGCGUGAACUUAAGGAAAUACGGACCUCCCACAUUAAGUACAUGCAAAGACAGGAUAUUACUGCAGAAGUUUAUGUGAAAACGGAAAAAGGAGAGGUCGCCUCGCUUACGUUCGAAUUCGAAAAUUCGACGGAGGCGGAACUUUUUGGGGAGUUUGUUGUUACGCUAUUCGGCAUUCAGGUGCAUUUCUUCGGAACAAAGACGAUCGCCAAGGCGAGGCCCUUGGAGUUGAGGGAACGGUCAAAGUCCAGUGAAGACUCUGACAAGGGCUACGACUCCGAAGACGAACUUAACAGAGAAAAUGCGAGGAUGAGGGCUCGUAGGAAGCCGCAGGCGCUUAAUGCUCGGACUGGCUGUCCCUUACAUGGGAACCAGGCCUGUCGUUGUGCAGUGGAGAGGCCAGCAUUAGACUUCUUGAAGAACAGAAAGUACAGCACCGACUCUUCCGCAGAAGAAGAGGAAGCAGCAAUGAAUGCCCGUCAUGCCGCCAGAUAUCCGGUGGCUAUCGACGGACCUUGUGAAUGUGGUGAGGUGUACAUACACAUUGAUUUUGAGCCAAACUGA